AUGGCUUCGCAACCCCACGUUAGGUAUGCGCGUGUCCCUACUUCUGACUCCGACGCUGCGCCCGACUUCGCCGCCUCGAACGCGUCUGCCGCUCCUCAGUCAACCGCGGGAAGAGCGCGAGGCUCCAACGAUGCGGAUAUCCGCUUCGCCGGUCCUGAUAUCCACAGACGCGUCCCGAAACGAUCAGUGCUGCUCGCGCUGUUCCUGCUGUUCCUGGGGUGCGCGUCGCUAGCAACGUUCUACCUCAUGCAGACGGGGCAGGUGGAGGCUGGCGCGCAGCAGAAGUGGACGUGCCUCGCCAUCGCCUUCCUCACGCUCAUGCCCGGCUUUUACGAGAGCCGCAUUGCGUAUUACUCGUGGAGACAAGCCCGGGGAUACUCCUUCUCACAAAUACCUCGCUACUAG